AUGCCAUCCAUUAUGGGACUGCUACACCAACUCUCGGCCAAGUUUGACGGCAUGCAGGCGGACAUGGCCGCCAUGAAGACGGACAUGGCCGACAUGAAGACGGACAUGGCCGACAUGAAGACCAAGGUUGAUCACCUGGAGACCAAGGCUGAUCGCCUGGAGACCAAGGUUGAUCACCUGGCGACCAAGGCUGAUCGCCUGGAGACCAAGGUUGAUCGCCUGGACCUUCGCGUGGGCAUGUUGACGGAAGCUCACGUGCGCAAAGUGGUUGGCCAAGAGCGAGGCAAGCGGUGGACGCGCCACUACGACGUGUAUUCCCUCGACGGCAUUGCCAACCUGCUUGUGACCAAGCGGCCAUCGACCAUUGUCCCAAAACUCACGUCGGAGGACGUUGCUUUCCACGUGCACAACAUGACCGAGAAGUUGGUGCUCACGGCUUUGAAGGGCGCGGACGGCGGCUUGCCUGGGCUGCUGCAGUGCAUCGCCGAGGACUACCAACUCGCUGGCCCGCCUGCCUUUGCCGCCACCGUGGACUUUUUCAAGCAGGCCCUCGCCUUUGUGACGGCGGCGUUGCAGGCAGAAGCCACCCGCCAGCACGGCCAGGACGCGACGAAGCGCGGCAUUCUCAUCCAGCUGCAACAGCUUUUGGAAGCCAACAAGGACAUUGUGCAGGCAGGCAGCAAAGACCCGACGCCACUCUCCAAGAUCAUGCGGACGCACUCGGGGCUGGCGUUGAGCCUCUUCUUUGCGAUGCCUCCGCUUCUGGCAGUGCGCAAGAACUUGCCCAAGUACAAGAAGCGCUGGGCUUGGCGCUCCCUGGAGUUUGAGAUGCGUGGCCAAUUCACCGCACCGUCGACUCACCAGGCGGCCCACAUCGAGUUUGGCGAGGUCAGGUCAUCCGCCGUCAACCAAGGCGCGGGUCUGGAGCAGCUCGCGUUUCGGAGUCACGUGCUUCGCCAUGCUUACAGCAUCAUGGCUCCCAACGAGCUGCUGGACUGCGCCCCGGUGCUCUACAUUGAGUGCGCCAGCGUCGACGCGCACACCGUCCUCAAGGAGAACGUGCCAGUGAGCAUUAUUCCCCUCCGACAUCCUUUUGAGAAAGUCGCCGAUGCCAACGACGACGCCUUGCACGCGGCAGCGCCUGUGGUUGCGAUGGCUUGA